AUGAACUUGCGCAUCCCUUUUUCAGCCAACGCACAUCUUAUAUGGGAGUGGAAGUCGCCCGGCAUCAAAUCCCAGCUCCCCUCAGCGUUAACGGACUGGCCGACUGACCUUCUGCUCCCGGUCCAGCGAAGGAGACAGUUGUGUAGAAGAGGGCGGCGCAAUAGCAUUCAUGGGUUCCACGAGGAUGAAAACCCUCCAUCGCCUCCAGACGAUACAUCUGGCAGACUUCAAUUGAGCUCCAUCUCCGUCGGUUGGAUCACUUUCGAUCGACCACGACAAGAAAAUCUCUACUCCGGAGGUCAACCGCUCCUCCCCAGGGGUCUUCGUUAUUGGCGAAGCUCUGAAGUCAAGGUGACAAAGAGACAGGCGGCAGCCCAGCACCCGAUUCGCAUCGCUGGCGUCCCUUUGGUAAUUCCUUUCGACAGGGUUUCCCUUCGGCCGGUGCGCCCGAAAGGGCAGAUCGAAUUCAGCGCUGCCGCAGUUGGCCGUCCCAGCUUCAUGACCUGCUCGAACCCCUGGUGUUUGGCCGCGCAAACUCGCCCAGCGAACACGGCAGAUACGAUCGAGUCGGUGGAAGAGGAUGGCAACCAUGCGGAGGAUUGUCUCCGACGCAUGCUUGACCAGCUAGCCAGUCGGCUGGGAGUCAAAGAUUUGGAUGACCUCGAACAGAAAUCGAAGCUGGGCCAGGACGUCCGCUUCUGGAUUACUCUGCAACAGGGAGGCUCGCCUCUAUGA